AUGGGGUGCGCUCUGGCCAGCCCUGGCGGGGGGCCGGAGGUCGGGGUGGAGCCCGAGCCUCUAUCCGCGGAGCAGAAGAGGCUGGUGCGGGACAGCUGGGCUGCCCUGCACCGAGACAUCGGCCACAUCGGGGUCAUCGUCUUCAUCAGGCUCUUAGAGACUCACCCAGAAUGCAAGGAUGCCUUCUUCCAUUUUCGAGACGUGGCUGACUUGGAGGAGCUGAGGAGCAGCAGAGAGCUGCAGGCUCAUGGGCUCAGGGUCAUGUCCUUCAUCGAGAAGACGGUGGCUCGGCUCGGGGAGCCAGAGCAGCUGCGGCAGCUGAUGUGGGAUUUGGGCCAAAGCCAUCACCGCUACGGCGCCCCACCCCGCUACUACCAGUACGUGGAAGAGCAGUUUCUCCAGGCAGCCCGGGACAUGCUGGACCAGAAGUGGACGGAGGAGGUGGAGGCGGCCUGGAAGAGCUUGUUCCGGUACCUGGUGGCUGUCAUGAAGCUAGGCUACGCGGCCAGCGAAGAGGGAGGUGAGGACUGACCCUUCCACGGCUCUCCCACAGCCAGCCUUUAAAGCAGGGGGAUGUCUCCCUUGCCACCCCAAGUAUUUCCUAAGUCCACCCCCUUUCUGCUCCUGUGGAACCAAGGCCCCGACUUUCCCAACCCCACAAGAAGCUGCUUUCCAGUGAAUUAAAAGCCAAGACCAGGG